UGCAGGCGAUUCCACUGUACCUAUCGGAGAUGGCUCCACCAAGUUCUCGAGGAGCCAUCAACCAUGGUUUUCAACUCGGUUUCGGCAUGGGUAUUUUUGCAGCCAAUAUUAUCUACUCUGGCACUCAAAGAAGAGGAGAAGCUUGGGGUUCGUGGAUCCCUUUCGCAGUUGCUAUCCCUCCAGCUUUCUUUCUCAUGCUUGGUGCUCUUCUGAUCCCUGAGACACCAAUUAGUCUUAUCCAACGAGAUAAAAACUUCCAUGACACUGUGGAGACCCUCCAGAAGAUUCGGGGCACCCCGGAUGUCCUCGCAGAGCUUAAUGAUAUAAUGGCUGCCGGCAGCACUCCUAUAACCUUCAGCCAAUCCUUAAGAACGAUGAUUCGACGUAACUAUUGGCCUCAGCUGAUAAUGGCUGCAGCAAUCCCAUUCUUCCAGCAAGUCACGGGAUUCAGCAUUGUAGCCAUCUACACCACGAGCUUGGUUCGAAACGUCGGUUUCCGUGAGAAUUCGUUACUUAUGUCAGCAACGCUAAUAGGGUUCACAAGCAGCAUCUCCACCAUUGUUUUGAUGACUGUGGUUGAUCGAAUCGGCCGACGGGUGAUGUUUACGGUGGGAGGCAUCCAGAUGCUCGUCUCGUUGGUGACGGUAAUCGGCAGUGCAAUGGCGGCACCACUCGGCAGGAGCUGUUCAUACUUGGUUUUGCUUUUGUUCUGUAUUUAUCUUAUGGGCUUUGGAUGGUCCUGGGGGCCUCUGGGAUGGUUGGUUCCAAGCGAGGUCUUCCAACUGGAGAUCAGAUCGGCGGCGCAGAGCAUUGCAGCGGCGGCAUGGUUUUUGUUUGCAUUGGUCAUAGCCGAGACCUUUCCAACGACGUUUUGCCACCUCAAGGUUGCCAUGCUCUUCUUCUUUGCGAUUUGCAUUGUGGCGAUGACUGUAUUCGUUUAUUUGUUCUUGCCCGAGACAGGAGGAAUACCUUUGGCGCGCAUGGAUCGAGUGUGGAGGGAGCACUGGUUUUGGAAAAAAAUUGUUGAGGUUGAAGCAGAAUAGGAUUAUUAAUUAUUCCAAUGAUGAUUUGUAACAAUGCAAUAGAGUAUCUCAAAUGAAAGAGUAAGAUUUAGUCUUUAAAAAAACAAAAAAACUAUGCAUGUACGUAUUUAUUUUGGAAGAAAAGAGAGGAGAGUUAAUGCUCCAAUGAUAUUCUCUCUCUCCUAGAUCUCCUGCUGCUUGUUCUCAGAAUGCAACAUGACACGCUCCCUCUGCUCAGCCUCAUGUCCCCUCGUCAAGAUGUGGGAUCCGCACAUUUUUUUUGGAUGGAAAAAUGGCCGCAAACAACUUUGUUCUAAGACGGGUCUGAACCCUUAGGCAUGAGUGUAUACCAAAAACACUUGACCAUUGAAACAUAACAAGAAACAUAGAAACACAUUAAGUUAAAUAAAUGCAUAAUGUUAUAUAUGUAAUUAUUUUUAGAAAAUCAAUGCAUGAUCUUAUUA